AUGGCCGAGAAAUGCGACCUUUCUUUUCUUAACGAAGAUGACGACGACCUUGCUGGACAACUCAUAGCUGCGAAGCCACGGCCCCCGCAGCGCUCGUCACCAGACACUGCCGUCCGCGCCGUUACGGCUGCGUUAGGUGAUCUGGACUUCGAGGAGGAAGCCGUUGACGACGAGGAAGAUCUCACUCAGCAGGAGGAAGAGCUUCCGGAGCAUGCGUGCGCGUAUUGUGGAAUUCAUGACCCUGCUUGCGUGGUGCAUGACAAGUUGGAUAACCGAUGGUACUGUAACGGACGCGGGAAGCUACCGGGCAGUCAUAUUAUCACUCAUCUUGUUCGGUCCAGGCACAAGGAGGUGAGUCUUCACAAAGACUCUCCGCUUGGCGAUACGGUUCUUGAGUGCUACAAUUGCUGCACAACUAAUGUAUUCUUGCUCGGGUUUGUCCCGGCACAAGGCGAUUCCGUUGUCGUCUUACUUUGCAGAGAACCGUGCUUACAUGCCAAAGGGCUGGAGGACAUGAAUUGGGAUCUCGACGCAUGGCAGCCGCUCAUUGUUGAUGGUCAAUUCCUUCCAUGGCUUGUCCGAGUGCCUUCAGAGAAGGAAAUGGCUAGGUCGCGACAGAUUGCCAUAUCUGAAGCAAACAAAUUGGAGGAGUUGUGGAAGACGAACCCGGUUGCUACUCUCGAGGAUAUUUCGAAGCCCAGCACUGUGGAGGAUCUUCCGCGCGCGCAACUGCGAUACGAGGAUGGCUACCACUUCCAUCGCGUUUUCGGUUCCUUGGUUAAGGCAGAGUCGGAAAACGAUAGGAGGAUGAAGGAGGAACAAAGUCGCUCCAACAUAUCUGUGCGUUGGGAUAUGAGCCUUAACAAGCGUCGCGUUGCAAACUUCAUUAUCCCGCAAAUGUCUGAUGGCGAUAUUCGACUCAUGACAGGCGAUGAAAUUCGCCUUGCUCACUCAGGUCUGAAAUGGGAAUGCCUUGGUAUGGUGAAGGGGUUAACAAUUAAUGAGGAAGUGGCCCUGGAAUUGCGAAGCGGGAAACCGUCGUCACGGGCACCCAUUGACACAACUUCGGGCUUUAAAGUCGAGAUCGUUUGGAAGUCGACCUCAUUUGACAGGAUGAAUGCAGCCUUACGACAGUUUGCAGUUGACGAUACUUCUGUUUCUGGAUAUCUGUUUCACAGGAUUCUAGGGCACGAAGUGCAUCCACAGGUAGUUAAGGUCUCGAAUAUCCCUGACCAGUUGAGUGCACCAAACCUUCCGGAAUUGAACGAAUCCCAGAAGAUUGCGGUGCGAUCCGUUCUUGAGGCUCCACUCUCUUUGAUCCAAGGACCUCCGGGUACUGGCAAGACUGUUACUUCUGCGACUAUCGUCUACCAUCUCUCGAGGCAAGUGAAGGGCAAAAUUCUUGUGUGCGCACCAAGUAACAUUGCAGUAGACCAACUCAGCGAGAAGAUUGCCUUGACUGGCCUGAAAGUGGUUCGCGUAGUCGCAAAGUCUCGUGAGGCGCUUUCAUCUGCAGUAGAACACUUGUCCUUGCACUAUCAGGUUCGACAUGUCGACGACCGGGAGGAAUCAGAGCUAAACAAACUGCUGAAGCUUCGCGAUGAAGCUGGGGAGCUCAGCGACCGCGAUGACCGACGACUGAGGUCUCUACGCCGGGCAACGGAGCGGGAGUUGUUGGAUGCAGCUGAUGUCAUCUGCACGACAUGUACCACGGCCGGUGACCCCCGUCUGUCUUCCUUACGUUUCCGCUCUGUCCUCAUUGAUGAGGCAACCCAGGCAUGCGAGCCAGAGGCGUUAAUCCCCAUUGUGCAUGGAUGCAAGCAACUCGUAUUCGUCGGUGACCACUGCCAGCUAGGCCCAGUGAUUACUGAAAAGAGAGCUGCCGCAGCGGGCCUCGGGCAAUCGAUGUUUGAGCGCCUAAUUGCCCUUGGAGCUCGGCCAAUUCGACUUCAAGUUCAGUAUCGCAUGCACCCAGCAUUGUCGCUGUUCCCUUCGGUUACGUUUUACGAAGGGACUCUGCAAAAUGGUGUCUCGGCUGAGGACAGAAAGUCGUCCUUAGCAUCCUUUCCGUGGGUCGACGCUGGACAUCCGAUGGUGUUUUGGUCUCAAACGGGACCGGAAGAAGUUUCCGCUUCUGGAACUAGCUACCUGAACCGCGUUGAGGCGUCGGCUGUUGAAAAGGCCGUCACGCAAUUCUUGAAAUCAGGCGUAGCCCCAGAGGAGAUAGGAGUGAUCACACCGUACGAAGGACAGCGCGCGUAUGUGGUGUCACACUUCGCGAGAAUGGGUCCUCUUCGGCAAGACCUAUACCGAAAUGUCGAGGUGGCCUCUGUGGAUGCAUUUCAGGGUCGCGAAAAGACUUAUAUUAUCAUGUCUUGCGUACGCUCAAACGAGCACCAGGGUAUUGGGUUCCUGUCAGACCCUCGUCGUCUAAAUGUCGCACUCACACGAUCCCGACUCGGAAAUGUCAUUAUUGGAAAUCCGAAAGUUCUCUCCCGGCAGAAUUUGUGGGCAAGCCUACUACAGCAUUAUCGCGACCAGGGUGUCUUAGUAGAGGGACCACUGUCAAACUUGAAGACCUGCGUCAUCUCUAUCCCGCGGCCUCGCCGGCGCCAGAACGGAGAGUUUGCAAGGCACACACCACUGCCUCCUGGACCGACGUCAAUGACUGCAAACGGGAUGGAUCCAGUUUUUCAUCCGCCUUCGUCUUUCGAUCGGAACGGGCCGGCAGACCGGUUCGGAGAUGUCAGCAGCAAUGGCGGUCCUGGUUUGAUUGGAGAUGGACGAUUGGGUGCAUCUGCUGUAAAUCCGCUGAUGGGCACAUCCAGCGUGCCCCUUCCGCAAAUGCCGUUUAGCGUGAUGGGUUCGUUGUUCGGACCGCCAAAUAGCUUCUCCAUCUCUCAGAGCAGCCCCUUUCCAUCGGGACCAGUCCCUCAAUCUGCACCUACUGUUGGCACCAGUGGAACAGACCGCCGAGGUGCUCCUUCCAGCGACUACUCGUAUCAAGCGCCGGGGUGGAAGUAACGAUUCUAAAACAUUUGCGCAUGCUCGCUGAAACGAAUUAAUCGCAUUUGACUACUGAAUUCGGAAACUCGCGCCCAGAGUUUCGCUGAGUCCUCCCAUGAUGAAACACGGAAAUCUCUACUUUAUCCACGAGACUAUGUACAAGGGCCAAACUUCAAACAGAUGUUUUGUCUUGGUCAUGGAAAUUAAUUGUGAAUGAUGACACGGCUCACUCCGAUGAAGACCAAGAAUUCUUGAGGAUUUCUUGCGAAUGGUUUCCGCCGCUUGUAAUGACAAAACGAGUACUAAUGUGCAGAGAACAUACACUGUCAAGAGAUUUGUUGGCUUUGCUUCACCGUCAAGCGGAUUAUCUCACAAAUACAUUUUGGCACGAGAUCACGAAAAUGUGGAUACGAAAUGGGGGCACAGACUGCAGUUCCCGCUUAUGCAUCCGACAACUGUCAUAGCUGUUUCCGCCGUAACGGGGCAGGUAAGCUCGGAAAAUUGGCAGUCUUCACAAUAUGUGAACGACGUGUGUUUCUACACUUUGCUGUGUGGUGAGGACGGAGCUGUCUCAAGUAAGGACGAAGUGCAGGAGGCUGAAAGAGGUAGACGAUUGCAUGGGGGAGACUUGAUGUGUGGGUUACGUGACUUUGGUCUCAGUUGCCUUCCUGUGGUGACGUAGAUGAAUGGUAUGAUGAAUGUUGGCUUAUGAUGUUUUAUCACGAUGGCCUCCGAUUUGUAUUGUUUUUUGAGUCUGCGAUUGGAAUUGGUAUCCUUGUCUUUGCAGGGUUCAAAAGGAUGGCAAAUAGUAUUCUUACAAGCAUAUUGGCAGUGGUGCCACCCUAUCGGAGUGGUCCGUACGAUCAAGGUUGCGAAGCUCAGGUUGCUAGUGUACUUGAAUGUGACGAAAUGCCUUACGAGUUUAACAGCCUAAUCUUCCGAUCGACAGAAACAGAUAUGCCUCCAGCAAGUGUAUUGCUUCUUGAUAAAGCCAUGCGCCUUGAGUAUUUCUAAU